AUGUUGGGGCUGGGCCUGGGCUUGGGCCUUGGGAGUGAAAAAGCGGUGGCUGAAGUGAAGAGUGAAGAGGUUGGAUAAGCAUAUGGUUAGGGUUUUUGGUUGCGAAAGAGAAAGAGAAAGCAAUGGAAGGCGUAACAGAGGGAGUGAACAACAUCAGCAUCAACAUGAACGAUUCGUAUAAGAAGAAUCGCAUUCAGGUCUCUAACACCAAGAAGCCCCUCUUUUUCUACGUCAAUCUCGCCAAGAGAUAUAUGCAACAGCAUAAUGAGGUCGAGCUCUCAGCACUAGGAAUGGCAAUUGCCACAGUGGUAACUGUUGCUGAAAUUUUGAAAAACAAUGGGCUUGCUGUUGAAAAGAAAAUCAUGACAUCAACUGUUGACAUAAAGGAUGAUUCUAGAGGUAGACCUGUCCAAAAGGCAAAGAUUGAAAUUGUACUUGGGAAGACAGCCAAUUUCGAUGAGUUGAUGGCUGCUGCAGCAGCUGAAGAUGGUGAAAAUGGAGAUAUCGAAGAGAGCGCAUGAAGUUCUUCAAAAUUACACUUAAAUUUGUCAAUGAUAUGUACUCUUUAGUGAUUUGCAUUUUUGUUGUCGCGUAGUAGAGGACAUGUCAUUAUAAAAUAGGCUUUGCAUUAAAUAGUGAUUUGAAUUUUUUGUUGUCGCGAGGUAGUGACCUGAAAUAUUGAACAAGAAAAUUUCUUUGUUUAUUUUUUCUAUAAAAUAGGCUUUUCUUAUUUUUA